CUUAUUAUGCGAAGACAAGGUUUAGUUUGUCACCUUGGGCUUCAGCGCCAUCUUUUCACAGUCGGACGUGAUUGGUGUCGAAAAUUUAUUCGAGUAAACAUGGCUUCUGCUACACGUAGAAUUGUUUGUAGUUUUCGACAACAUAAAUUAUUCUAUUUGAAAUCUCGACUGCAAUACAAUGCCGUUGCACUGCCUUUCAAUCUCGCUGGACCUUACGGUUAUGUCGAACAAAUUCACCCAUUAGCUACUAGAUUUUUCCAUGCUUCCAAAACAUUUUAUGGCGAAAAGGUACCUUUCAAACUUUCCGACAUAGGCGAAGGAAUCACCGAAGUUACGGUUAAAGAAUGGUAUGUAAAGGAAGGUGAUAAAGUUGCCCAGUUUGACCCUAUCUGUGAGGUCCAGAGUGACAAAGCGUCAGUAACCAUUACUAGUCGCUAUGAUGGUUUAAUUAGUAAAUUACAUUAUGCAGUAGAUGAAAUGGCCAAGGUUGGCACACCACUGGUGGAUAUUGAAGUUAGUGGUUCAGUUUCAGGUAAAAGUUUAUAUUAUAGUGUAUUUGAAUUCAGUUUUAAAAUCUUUUUUUUAGAAGCCCCAGUUGAGGAACUGCAAGAGAAAGAUGCCAUACCACUGGGUGAGCGAGAAGAGAGUCUGGAACUGGAACUUCCAGCAGAGAAAGUUUUAACAACACCAUCUGUCAGGAAAAUGGCCAGUGAUCUGAAAAUCAAUCUAAGAAAUGUACAGGGAACUGGUAGAGAUGGUCGUAUUUUAAAGGAAGAUAUGCUUCGCCACAUAGAAUCACUGAGCAGCUCUAAGAGUACUCCAAAACCUUCUCAAGUACCACAGCAACAAGCCAAAGCUGUCGAACGAGAAACUACUUCCCAGCAACCGUCACCUUCAACAAAAACACCGCAGAUAAUAAGGCCAAGCGUUCCUGUUGGAGUAGACAGAUCCGAACCAAUUAAAGGAUUUAAGAAGGCAAUGGCAAAAUCCAUGACUGCUUCACUGCGAAUCCCCCAUUUCGGUUAUUGUGAUGAAAUUGACAUGACAUCGAUGGCUGCACUAAGACAUUCUUUAAAAGAGAAUCCCAUGGUUAAGGAGCGUGGCAUCAAACUUUCUUUUAUGCCAUUUUUCAUUAAAGCUGCAUCUAUGGCUUUACAUCAUUUCCCAGUUCUCAAUUCUUCAGUUGAUGAAGCCUGUGAAAACAUUACUUACAAAGCCUCUCAUAAUAUCGGAUUUGCUAUGGACACCAGUCUUGGAUUGAUCGUGCCAAAUGUUAAAAAUGUCCAGUCAUUGUCUGUAAUGGAUGUUGCCAUUGAACUAGCCAGGCUCCAAGAGCUAGGCAAUAAAGGAAGUUUAGGUGCUACCGAUUUAACCGGUGGUACUUUUACCUUAUCCAACAUCGGAUCGAUCGGUGGAACUUACGCUAAGCCAGUAAUUAUGUCACCCGAGGUUGCCAUCGGAGCAAUUGGUCGUGUCCAGGUACUUCCGCGCUUCAACAGCAAAGGCGAGGUAGUGAGAGCAUCCAUCAUGCAAGUUAGCUGGUCAGCAGAUCAUCGUGUGAUUGAUGGGGCUUCAAUGGCUAGAUUUUCGAAUUUGUGGAAAGUCUAUCUAGAAAAUCCCAGCACCAUGAUCUUGGAUUUGAAGUGAACCAGACUCAAUAAUACUAUGCCUAAUAAUCUGUCCCCUCCCAGUUAAAAGGCGUGUAUCUAAUAAAGAGGAUCUAUAGUGUAACGGUCGGAAAAAUGAAAAUCUCAACUGCUUGAGACACCAGUCAUCAACAUAUGAAAAUAAAGGUAAAUCUCGAUAUAA